AAGCCAGUCGAAAGUGUCGCUGCGGAACAGGCACAGGAAUUUGGGUUUAUUACGCCACUCUUAAAAAAUCGCGGGCGAUUCAUUUUGUGUGCCACUUUAGACUUUGGCCCUGUUAGAUCAGCAACUUGAAUUUUGAUGGCCGAUUAGUUGCACAAGCAUUAUGACGCCCAAACGAAAGCGUCGCGUACGCAGCGAGUCGCGGGCCAAAAGCAAAGACCAGGGAAGGUCCAAGGCAGAGCACUUGCAUCUGCUUGAGCAACUGGAGUUGACCGACAGCUGCUGCGACAUCUGCCACUGCGACUGUUACAGUUCCCACAGCAGCGGUUCUGCGAGUGGACGCGGCAAUCAGCGGCAGGCGAGCGUCAAGGAGUUGUUGCAACUGGAAAACGACAUUCAGACCCUGGAGAAAUUGCAGCGACGGGAAAGUACAAGCUGCCACCGAAGUGCUUCCAGGUCGCCAACAGAGCGAAAGUUUCCCCACAGCAGGCGGGGAUCCUUCGACGGUGAGAAAAGAAGUGCAAGCUCAGGCAGGACUCGGCGGUCGAAGAGCGCAGGAAGUCGCAGUUGCGAGUCCCGGGAGAAGCAGCCUGCACAGAAAGCGCAACAAAUUCCUCAGGAUCGUCGAAAGCGCCGGGCUCAAAAGGAUUGCAAAAUGCUUCAAAAAUUCUUGGCUCCCCUCAACGACGCACACAACCUUUCCAUCGUCGGACGGGCCAAGUCCAAGUCGCAAGAAAAUUUGGCUGUGGUUUCGUGCCAGCCGCAGAUCAAGAAGAGCUCGUUAUGCAGCUCGAUGGCCAACUUGUGCCUUGCACCAAUGGUGCGAGCCGCAUAUCAGCAGGUCCCCAGCCACGACCAGAAGAUCCUGAACUGCAUGGCGGAAAAGCGGAGGCAGCAGGCCGCCGAUAAGGAGACGGCCUGGUUGGCGCGCAAGUUCUGGGAGAACGAGCGACUUGAGCGGCAGCUUCUUCGCGUGGAGCAGCUGGAAGCUUACAAGCAUGCGGUUCACGACAAACAGUUCCAGGACUACCUGGUGACCAAGGCGCGACUGCAGGCUUUGGCCGAGCGCGAUCUGGCAGAGCUUAAGCGAUUGCGGGGAGCGCUUAACGCCAAGGACGAUGCGGUCAAGAAGCGACUGGAGGCCAGGCGGCUGGAGCGAGACCUUAACAUCUCACAGCGACGGUGCGAGGAACUGCGUCGUAGCGAGGCGGUCACUGUGCAUCAGGAGGAGCAGCACCUGGACGACACGCUGCGUAAGCGCGACAUCUGCAUGCGGCUAACGCAACGCCUGCGACGGGCGGACGAGUUACGCGGCCAGCUGAUGGAGUCGUACCUCAAGCGUAUGCAGCUCGACAACUACAUGGAGCAGGUGCAUCACGAGGAGCACUGGCGGGAGCGACAGCAGGAGGAGCGGCUGCGCAGGGAUCAGCUCCGCGAGGAUAUUGAACGCAAACGCCAUCAGUCCCAGCGUUUCGUUGAGUGCCGCCAACGGCGCCAAAAUGAUCGCUUCCGUACCGCCAAGAUCUCUGCCAGUCUGCGGGAGCUGGUGCGCCAGUCGGUCACACCAGAAGGCGCUAUUAGUGGCUCGGUGGGCCAGGAUAACCCAGCGCUCAACUCAUAUGUCCAGCAGCAGAUAAAGCUGGGUCGCCUGCUCUUCGAACAAUCUGCCAGGGAAUAACUUGUUUGGAUGAUGCAUUUUUGAUGGUUAUGUACAUAUAUACAAAUUGUUGCUGGUUUUAUGUUAUUAAAGUCAUUUAAUACUUGU